CUUGCGUCGGCCGUAAAACGCGCGCUUCGCCUGCCUCGGUCAUUCCUCUCAGCUGCCUGUUAAUGGUCGCUCCCGCGGUUCCGCUUCGCUUAGCGUUAAAGCACCGGCCACUCGUGCUCGGAGCACGUACACCAUCAUCCCCGGUCCGAGGAAAACAGACGGAGUGGACGUUCCGUUUGCGCACAGCUGCGUUCGACCGCGUUAGAUCCUUUUCCCAAGGGCAACCAUCGUCGCGGACCCCCCUCCAACCCCCUCCCGACAGACUCCUCGAUCUGAUGAGAUGUUGAACUGGCAGCUCCGAGCCUGCCAUCCCCAGCAGCUCACUCCCUCCGUCAUCUGGUCUCACUUUGGGUAGCCCGCAACAGCAGUUUGUCCGGGGAAACUGAAAAGUAUGCAGUAGUGGCACGAGCCUCUGGGCUAUUCGGUUGGAGGGAAGAAAAAGUUGAAGUUGGAAGAAGGAGGAUCAUGCAGUGAGUGCCGCGCGUCGUCGUGAGCAGAAGGCAGUGCUUUUCUCGAACUACACUUGGACAAGGACAAAGCAGAGACACACAAGCGCAGGCAGGCAGACGAGGCUGCAGGGCUGGUCGCAUUUAAGAGGAAGGAUAAUGUCAGCUGACCAAGGCCUUGGUGGCUUCCAGUCAUCCACGGCUGACAACUUCACUAACAUCAGCUCAAGUAUACAGUGGUGACUCAAGCAGAGAUUGACAUCACCAAAGCUUUUUAGAAGGCCCCUCACUGCUCUUUCCUUUUGCUCAUUGUCCACCUCAAUUGUUCCCUGAAUUCACACCCUGCUAACUCAACACCAGCAUGGAUUUGAAGGACCAUCGGCAACGCUCCAUGACUGGGGGUCGUUGUUCCAAAGAUUCCCAGUACAACACCUCUUCCCUUAAUGCAGACGAGUGCCGUGUACCAACCCAGAAGUCAUACAGCUCCAGUGAGACUCUAAAAGCCUACGACCACGAGCAAAGGCUUCACUACAGCGGCUGCAUGACUGACCUGGUACAUCACGAGGCUGAUGAGUACUCCAGGCAAGGCCUCCUGGAGUUUUCUCCUGUCCUUCUACGAUACCUCCUCUCAGUGGAAGAAAACGACAUCAAAGCAAGGAAGAGGAUGACUGGGGGUAACUUUACUCUGGCUGAGCUGGGAGUAUGUGAAACAACUCCGACUCCACACCCCGCUGCUGUUCCCUAUUGUCCCGAUCUGGGGCUCCUCCAGAGAGGAUACUCCCUUAGCGCUGGCUCAGAUGCUGACUCGGACCCGGAGGGGCCCUUGACUCCAGAGCGAGCCAUUCAGCUGUGGGCCGGACGUGGAGGCGUAAAAUCUCGCCGCAGCUCAGGAGUAUCCAGUCGCGAGAACUCGGCGCUCACUCUAACUGACUCUGAAAAUGACAACAAAUCUGAUGACGAAUCAGUCUACCUAGAAGAUGAGCAGGAUUUGGAUCCAUUUGGAGACUAUGUGAUCAGUCGCCCACUCCCUCCAACUUCUUCUUCCACCCUGCUCCCUCCGUCCCUUCCGUCCUCCUCCUCCUCUGCCCCUCAUCACCCUUCCCCUGGUCCCUCUCCACCAAUCAGGGAAUGUCAGGUGCCCCUGCUGGAGAAAAACUCCACCCACUCUCACCUGGAGCCCCACCCGGAGGACUCGUACUUGCUCCGAGCUCAGCCCUCCUCCACGGGGCCCGCCAACCACCACAGUCAGUCCACAUUACGGCCUCCACUGCCCCCUCCUCAUAACCACCAGACCUUGUCCCACCAGUCUGCCAACAGCCUGAACAGAAACACCCUGAGAGGGGGGCGUAACCCAAUUCACGCCCCGGCUCCGGGCACUGGAGACGGGCCGACCACCCCUGAGUCAGUUCAGUUGCAAGACAGCUGGGUGCUCAACAGCAACGUUCCUCUAGAGACCAGGCACUUCUUAUUCAAGACCUCAUCAGGGACCACGCCUCUCUUCAGUAGCUCCUCCCCUGGUUACCCCUUGACAUCAGGAACGGUGUAUUCCCCGCCCCCUCGCCUGUUGCCCAGAAACACCUUCUCCCGCUCAGCCUUCAAACUAAAGAAGCCGUCCAAAUACUGCAGCUGGAAAUGUGCAGCGGUGACGGCCAUUGCAGCCGCUGCCCUGCUGGCCGUGCUCCUGUCGUACUUCAUUGCCAUCAACCUGCUGGGUCUGACAUGGCAGCUGAAGCCCUCAGACGGCCCCAUGUUAAACAACGGACUGGGAGCUGGUCUGCCUGUCAACAGUGAUGUGGCCACACUGCCCUCUGGAGGCAGAGUUGCUUUCCCCCUUGCUCCAGGUUCAUGGGCCGGCAGGAACAGCAGUAUAGACUCCGGCAGCAUAGAGGUGGGGAGACGGGUGACCCAAGAAGUUCCUCCAGGAGUGUUUUGGAGAGCCCUGCUCUACCUCAGCCAGCCACAGUUCCUCAAGUUCAACAUCUCCCUGGGAAAAGACGCUCUGUUUGGAGUAUACAUUCGCAAAGGCCUGCCCCCCUCACACGCACAGUAUGACUACAUGGAGCGCCUGGAUGGCAAGGAGAAGUGGAGUGUGGUUGAGUCUCCCAGGGAGAGGAGGAGCAUCCAGACUGUGGUCCUAAACGAGGCUGUGUUCGUGCAGUACCUGGACGCCGGCGCCUGGCAUUUGGCCUUCUACAAUGAUGGUCGGGAAAGAGAAUCAGUUUCCUUCAGCACAAAUAUCAUGGAUUCAGUGCAAGAGUGCCCGCGCAAUUGCCAUGGCAACGGAGAGUGCAAUUCUGGUGUGUGCCACUGCUUCCCGGGAUUCCACGGCAUGGACUGCUCCAAAGCGGCGUGCCCAGUGCUGUGCAGCGGCAACGGCCAAUACGACAAGGGCUCCUGUGUGUGCUACAGCGGCUGGAAAGGCCCCGAGUGCGAUGUCCCUGUCACGCAGUGCAUAGACCCACUUUGCAGCGGGCACGGCACCUGCACUGAUGGGAACUGUGUGUGCUCAAUUGGCUACAAAGGCCAGAACUGUGCAGAGGUGGAUUGCCUGGAUCCAACGUGUUCCAACAACGGUAUCUGUGUGAACGGGGAGUGUCACUGUAAGCCAGGCUGGGGAGGGCUUCACUGCGAACUGCCACGGGCUCAGUGCCCAGACCAGUGCCAUGGUCACGGUGCCUUCAUUCCAGACACCGGGCUGUGCAGCUGCGACCCCAACUGGAUGGGACCCGACUGCUCCAUGGAGGUGUGCUCGGUCGACUGUGGGACCCACGGAGUGUGCAUGGGUGGGGCCUGCCGCUGCGAGGAAGGCUGGACAGGUGCAGCAUGUGACCAGCGUGUGUGCAACCCACUCUGCAUUAAACACGGCACCUGCAAAGAUGGCAAGUGCCAGUGCCACCAGGGCUGGAACGGAGAGCACUGCACCAUCGACCAUGGGAGCAUGGUUGACAAAGCAGACGGCUGUCCUAACCUGUGCAAUGGGAACGGCCAAUGCACCAUGGGUCAGCAGAGUUGGCACUGUGAAUGUCAGACAGGCUGGAGAGGCCCUGGAUGCAGCGUUGCCAUGGAAACCUCCUGUGCAGACAACAAGGACAAUGAAGGAGAUGGUCUGACAGACUGCAUGGACCCAGACUGCUGCAUCCAGACUCCCUGUCAGAACAGCCCUCUGUGCAGAGGCUCCCGAGACCCUCUGCAAGUUAUCCAGCAGAGUCCAAUGUCCCAGCCCCGAGUCCGCUCCUUUUAUGACCGAGUCAAGAUGCUUGUGGGACGGGACGGCACCCAUAUUAUUCCCGGGGAAAACCCUUUCAACUCCAGCUUGGCAUCUCUAAUCCGGGGUCAGGUCUUGACGACAGAUGGAACCCCACUGGUGGGGGUGAACGUGUCUUUUGUCAACUAUCCACACUACGGAUACACGCUGACACGGCAGGAUGGAAUGUUUGACCUGAUAGCUAACGGCGGUGCCUCACUGACUCUGCGGUUCGAGCGUGCCCCCUUCUUGAGCCAGGAGCGCACCGUGUGGCUGCCCUGGAGCCAGUUUUAUGCUAUGGACACUCUGGUGCUUAAGACAGAAGAGAACACGAUCCCAGGCUGUGACCUGAGUGGCUUCGUCAGGCCUGACCCUGUUGUGAUUGCAUCACCUCUCUCCUCCUUCUUCAGUUCCAAGCCAGGAGAGAAACCCAUCAUACCGGAGACACAGGUUCUGCAUGAACAGAUCGAGGUUCCUGGCACAAGUUUAAAGCUGAACUAUCUAAGCUCCCGGACACAGGGUUACCGCUCCCUUCUCAAGGUGACCAUGACUCCUGCCGUGGUGUCCAUGGGCCUGCUGAAGGUUCACCUGAUGGUUGCAGUUGAGGGCCACCUCUUCCAAAAGUGGUUCCAUGCAUCACCCAACUUGGCCUUUACCUACAUCUGGGAUAAGACUGAUGCAUAUGGACAAAGGGUCUACGGCCUUUCUGAGGCUGUUGUUUCAGUUGGCUAUGAGUAUGAGUCAUGUGCCAGCCUGAUCCUAUGGGAAAAAAGGACAGCCAUUCUGCAAGGCUUUGAACUUGAUCCCACUAAUUUAGGCGGCUGGUCUCUUGACAAGCACCAUAUACUCAACACACGCAGCGGUAUCCUUCACAAAGGCAGUGGGGAGAACAUCUUUGUUACAGAGCAGCCUCCAGUUAUCACCAGCAUCAUGGGAAAUGGUCGCAGACGCAGUAUUUCAUGCCCCAGCUGUAAUGGUCUCGCUGAUGGGAACAAACUGCUGGCACCAGUUGCUUUAGCAAUGGGCACUGAUGGCAGCCUUUAUGUUGGCGACCUAAACUUUGUACGUCGGGUUUACCCUUCUAUGAACACUACUGGGAUUCUGGAGUUGAGGAACAAAGAUUUCAGGCACAGUAAUAACCCGACACAUAAGUACUUCAUGGCGGUGGAUCCUGUAUCUGGGGCACUGUUCAUCUCGGACACCAACUCCAGACGAAUUUACCGCGUUCGCUCAUUAACCGGAGGCCGGCUGCUGUCAGACAACGCUGAUGUGGUGGCGGGGACGGGGGAGCAGUGCCUGCCCUUUGAUGAACGCUGUGGUGAUGGUGGAAAAGCCACUGAAGCCACACUUAUGAGCCCCAAAGGUAUCGCAGUGGAUAAAAAUGGGCUGAUGUAUUUUGUGGAUGCCACCAUGAUCCGCAAGGUGGACCAGAAUGGGAUCAUCUCUACUCUGCUGGGAGCCAACGAUCUGACCGCAGUGCGUCCGCUGAGCUGUGACACCAGCAUGGAUGUCAGCCAGGUGCGGCUUGAGUGGCCCACAGACUUAGCCGUGAAUCCUAUGGACAACUCCCUAUACGUCCUGGAGAACAAUGUCAUCCUACGCAUCACUGAAAACCACCAGGUGAGCAUUAUUGCAGGCCGGCCCAUGCAUUGUCAAGUGCCAGGCAUCGACUAUAGCCUCAGUAAGCUUGCCAUUCAUGCAGCCCUGGAGAGUGCCACAGCCAUUGCUUUGUCCAACACUGGCAUACUCUACAUCGCAGAGACAGAUGAGAAAAAAAUCAACAGAGUUAGACAGGUGAGCACCAACGGGGAGAUCUCCCUCUUGGCUGGCGUGGCUUCUGACUGUGAUUGCAAGAACGACGUCAACUGUAACUGCUUCUACGGCGACGAUGGAUACGCUCCUGACGCCGGUUUGAACUCACCCACCUCCUUGGCUGUUUCCCCCGACGGGACUCUCUUCAUUGCCGAUCUCAACAACAUUCGAAUCCGAGCUGUGCGUGCAAACCGCCCCGGCCCUGCCGUUUCAAGCGUGGGAUUUGCGGGGUCUGCCCAAUAUGAGGUUGCAUCACCAAGGGAGCAAGAGUUGUAUGUCUUUAAUGGGGAGGGGCUUCACAUCCAAACAGUGAGCCUGGUGACUGGGGAGCCACUUUUUAACUUCACAUAUGGUCCUGAUGGCGAGCUGGCCAUGCUGGUGGAUAAUUGUAACAAUACAGUGAAGGUGAGGAGGGACGGUCUUGGUCAAGGAGGUGGAGCUGGACUUCUCAGGCUGGUGCUACUGCCCGAGAAUCAAGUGGUGACUCUUGGACUUGACCCUAGUGGAGGGCUGCGUAGUGUCUCAGCCAUGGGCCAGGAGGUGGCUCUGAUGGGUUACAGUGGGAACACGGGCCUCCUGGCCACCAAAGCUGAUGAGACUGGGUGGACCACAUUUUAUCAGUAUGACAGCGAGGGCCGUCUGACCAACAUGACAUACCCGACCGGCAUGGUGACAAGUCUCCAUCGUGAGAUCGAACGCUCUAUAAACAUCGACAUUGAGAGUUCAAGUAGGGAUGACGAUGUGACCGUCGUCACAAACCUGUCCUCCGUCGAAGCCUCAUACACAGUGGUGCAAGACCAAGUGAGGAACAGCUACCAGCUCUGCAACAACGGUACCCUCAGAGUGAUGUACGCUAACGGGAUGGGAAUCAGUUUCCACACAGAACCUCACAUCCUUGCAGGCUCUGUUAGUCCUACGAUUGGCAGAAGAAACAUCACACUGCCCACAGAUAAUGGCCUGAACUCGAUUGAGUGGCGUUUGCGCAAAGAGCAGACCAAGGGCAAGAUCACAGUAUUCGGACGGAAGCUCAGGGCCCACGGACGAAAUCUUCUAUCCAUUGAUUUUGAUCGCAACACGCGUACAGAGAAGAUUUACGAUGAUCACCGCAAGUUUACUUUGCGCAUCAUGUAUGACGUUCAGGGCCGACCAGCGAUGUGGUUGCCUAGCAGCAGCCUGGCUGUUGUCAAUGUUUCCUAUUCAAGCACAGGACAGCUUGUUGGGUUGCAAAGAGGAAGCAUGAGUGAGAGGACAGAGUUCGACUCCCAGGGUCGUAUUCUGUCUCGUUCUUUUGUGGAUGGGAAGGUGUGGAGCUACAGCUACCUUGACAAAUCCAUGGUGCUUCUGCUGCAGAGCCAAAGACAGUACGUCUUUGAGUUUGACACCUCGGGUCGGGUCACUGCUGUCACAAUGCCCAGCGUCGCCCGCCACACCAUGUUCACACACGUGUCCGUCGGGUACAUUCGCAACACAUACAACCCUCCGGAGAGCAACGCCUCCAUCAUCCACGAUUUCAGCGAGGACGGCAGACCUCAGGCAACGCAGUACCUGGGCACCGGCCGCCGUGUCCUCUACAAGUACGGCAAGCUUGCAAAGCUGUCAGAGAUUGUCUACGACAGCACUGCUGUCACUUUUGGAUAUGACGAGACCGCUGGAGUGCUGAAGAUGGUCAACCUCCAGAGCGGAGGCUUCUCUUGCACAAUCCGCUAUCGCAAAAUGGGCCCACUAAUCGACAAGCAGAUCUAUCGAUUCAGUGAGGAGGGGAUGGUGAACGCUAGGUUUGACUACACCUACCACGACAACAGUUUCCGUAUUGCCAGUAUGAAGCCCGUCAUCAGUGAGACGCCACUUCCUGUUGACCUCUACAGAUAUGAUGAGAUAUCUGGAAAGGUGGAGCACUUUGGAAAAUUUGGGGUCAUUUACUAUGACAUCAAUCAAAUUAUUACCACAGCUGUUAUGACACUGAGUAAGCAUUUUGACACCCAUGGCCGCAUCAAGGAGGUCCAAUACGAAAUCUUCCGCUCCCUCAUGUACUGGAUGACGGUGCAGUAUGACAGUAUGGGGCGGGUGGUGAAAAGAGAGCUGAAGAUCGGGCCCUAUGCCAACACCACUCAAUACCGUUAUGAUUAUGAUGGAGACGGACAGCUCACCGGUGUCAAGGUGAAUGACUGGUCUACCUGGCGCUAUAGCUACGACCUCAACGGUAACCUGCACCUUUUGAAUCCUGGCAACAGCGCUCGGAUUUUGCCCCUCCGCUAUGACCUCAGAGACCGCAUUACCCGCCUAGGGGAUGUCCAGUACCGUGUGGACGAAGACGGCUUCCUCAGCCAACGGGGUUCCGACGUUUUUGACUAUAACUCCAAGGGUCAGCUCAUGCGGGCCUACAAUAGAGGGUCGGGAGGCUGGAGCGUUGUGUAUCACUAUGAUGGGCUGGGACGAAGGGUAUCCACAAGGAACAGCCUGGGCCAACACCUUCAGUUCUUCUAUGCUGACCUCAACCAUCCAGCCAGAGUGACACACAUCUUCAAUCACUCCAGCUCUGACAUCUCAUCACUCUACUAUGACUUGCAGGGUCAUUUGUUUGCGAUGGAAGUGAGCAGUGGAGAGGAGUAUUACAUUGCAUCGGACAACACCGGCACACCGCUAGCAGUCUUUAGCAGCAACGGGCAGAUGAUCAAACAGGUUCAGUACACAGCUUACGGUGAGGUAUACCUUGACUCUAAUCCAGAGUUCCAGCUGGUUGUGGGUUUCCAUGGCGGUCUGUACGACGCCCUGACGAAGCUGGUCCACUUCACCCAACGGGACUAUGACGUCCUGGCUGGACGGUGGACCUCACCUGACUACAGCAUGUGGUCCAAAAUAGGAAAAGACCCGUCUCCGUUUAAUCUCUAUAUGUUCAAGAACAACAAUCCACUCAGCGAUAUGCUGGAUGUCAAAAACUACGUCACAGAUGUGAAGAGCUGGCUGGUGAUGUUUGGAUUUCAGCUCAGUAACAUAAUCCCAGGGUUCCCUCGCCAUUCCCUGUACUUUGUAGAGCCACCAUAUGAGCUGCAGGCCACCCAGCACUGCGAAAAUGGACAGCUCAUCACCGGUGUCCAGCAGGCUGCAGAGCGCCACAAUCAGGCCUUCAUGGCUCUUGAGGGUCGUCUGCUCAAUAAGGAGCGCCGCAGACGCAAAGACAAGCCCGGCCACUGGUUUGGCAUUAGCACUCCGAUAAUAGGGCGAGGAGUAAUGCUGGCGCUGAAGGAGGGUCGAGUGGUGGCUGGUGUGUCAGCACUGGCCAGCGAUGACAGCCGCAAAGUGGCUCUCAUACUCAACGGUGCUCAGUACCUCGAAGGCACUCAUUACACACAGGACGGAAGGGACUGUCACUACUUUGUGAAAGUGGGCUCCGCUGACAGCGACCUGCUGGCUCUGGGGCUCACAAACGGCCGUAAGACGCUAGAAAGUGGCGUCAAUGUGACAGUGAGCGGCCGGUCGAGGAGAGGCGUGACGGUGGAGUUUGCAGUUCCGUCGUUGGUUCUUAAUGUUCGAUACGGGCUCGCAGUGGACGUGGUGGAUGAAGAAAAGGUAAGACUGUUGGAGCUGGCCAGGCAGAGGGCCCUGGCAGGGGCCUGGGCCAAGGAGCAGCAGCGAGUGAGGGACGGCAAAGGAGGCAGCCGCCUUUGGACGGAAGGAGAGAGGCAGCAGCUCCUGACAACAGGCCGAGUGCAGGGCUACGACGGCUACUACGUGCUCCCCGUGGAGCAGUACCCAGAACUGGCUGACAGCAGCAACAACAUCCAGUUUCUCAGACAGAAUGAGAUGGGAAAGAGGUAACAGCCCACCUGAACUCCUUCCUGUGCCCCCCACCCCUUUACAGUGUCUCAGUUCUGUCCCUUUUUCCUGCCCUGCCUUCUUAACUGCACUCCUGUCAAAACCUUUGGAGGAAAAAAACCCAACAAGUGGGGUUAUUCGCAGACCGUUGCAGGGAUUUCUGAAAAGAAUGACUUAUCAGAACAAAACAUUGUUGAUUAUACUGGCAAAAAAUAAACCGGAAUUUAGUCAAACCUUUCCUUCUUUUAUAAAAAACUUUGAACAACUGGAAAAGCACUGGAGAACUUUGAGAACUGUUGCUUAGUGAAUAAGAAGAGUCCCCUUUUUACAAAAGAUAGUGAUAUUUUCACCCAUAUUUUCUGGGUCACACUGACAACGGUCAGGAUUAGCAGCUGAUCCCUGGAGGGCGUUGCUUCUGCGAUCAAGGCUUUUCUGUCUCACAUUCAUAUAUAGAACGAAGGCAAAGGGACCAAAACAGAGAACCGGGCCGCUUCAGAGAGGCAGCCAUUGACAGGACACUUGAGAGGCGGACGUCACACACAGAGAUACAAGGCAAAAGCGAGUCGUUUCCCUGUCUCAGGCCUCCCAUUGACCACCACGGAUCAGUCCAUGCUGUUGGCGCAGCACACAUCCAACCGAGUGAAACACAGGAAAACGGCAUCCCUGGAAAUCUAAGCUGGGCUAAAGAUUCAACUUUUUAAAUAAGCAAAGUUAAAAAAAAACAUAAAAUAGCGAUGACUAUAUCUGUGAACAGUGACACCACACUGCAUUUGUUUAUUUUGCAAUGGGAAGAGGAAUCAUACUCCUACAUAUGUGUCAGACUACACUAAAUUUCGGGAUGUUGCGUAUACUGUAGAUGCCGUAGUUUUGUACGUUUCAGUCGCAGUAGAAUUGUGAGACUUUCACCAGGGCACUUCUGUACAGAACGAUCAAACACACCACUCCUGAAGACAUGCUCAGUUAGUAUUUAUUUAAUUUUUUUCCUUUUUUUUUAAUUUAUUUAUUCUUAGUACUAUAUGACAAUCAUGAAUGAGUCACCGGUUACUUACGGUUAGUGAACAUUAUCGGACGAGCUUACUUUCUUUUGUAAAAUAUGUAAUUAAUGUUCUUUUUGUUUUUGUAUUCAUUUCAGUUUUCUGACAGGGCAAAUAAUAGUCACCCUCGAAAAGAAUAAUUUAUGUAAGAAAGUGUUUUAAAAAAACAGUUUAUACUUUAAAUAAAGUCUUUAAAACUGUGAAAUCUGUUUUUUCAAAGUAUAUUUCGAUGUACAGUGUAUAGACUUACCUUUAUGCAGCACAGUAGAAUAUUGUUGAGAAUAUCAAGUUUUAUAUUUCUAAGAGGAAGUGGCUUGUAAUGUGCGAAUUCUUUAGCUGGUCUUAAUACUCUAGAGUUUUGUGGCACUCUAAUACUCCAUUAUCUACAAUAUUUGUCCCCAGUUUGUUGUUUUUACUUUUUAUUUUGUUUUGUUUUUGUUACGCAACAGAUGACUUCUGUCCUAGAUCCCAAAAGCAGUAGCGGUAAUGGAUGCCCCCCCUCACUGCGAGGGGAAAUCCUACUGAAUGUCAUGUUGUACUAAAUCAGUAUUAUUAAAGGAUGAUUCUUAUACAUUCACUGAAAUGAGACUCCUCUGGGAAACUUAUCAAUAAACCAUAAUUGUUUACUUCACCUGAA